GACUAACCCGGAGGCUCCGCACUUGAGCUCAGGAGGAGCUGAGAGGAGGACCGAGGCAGGCGGAGGCUCUCUCCGAAGAUGUGAAGACAAACACCGCCUCCCUCAGCGAGCCCACACCAGCCUCUCCCCGCGCCUCAGCUACGGGGUUCAAACGUUACAUUUUCAUUUUGGUGAAUGUACUCUAAAGUAUGUUACACCCGCCCUUUUCUCCCUUAUUUUCGCAUUUAUGAGCGACCGCUGUGGCAGUUCGGUCCACAUCCGGGCCACAAUGCUUUGACUCCAUUAUUGUCUAAAAGUGGCGCAGAGGUUGAUUUUUUUUUUUUUUAAUCCGACACCCGGCGUUUUUGUAGCUGCUCCAGAGAAGUCUCGGUCCAAGAGGAGAUGUCUAAUCAAGGAGUUCGGCGGAAUGGACCCGUGAAGCUGCGACUAACAGUCUUGUGUGCCAAAAACCUGGCGAAGAAGGACUUCUUUCGCCUUCCCGAUCCCUUUGCCAAGGUAGUCGUUGACGGUUCGGGGCAGUGCCACUCCACGGACACCGUGAGGAACACCCUCGACCCCAAGUGGAACCAGCACUAUGAUCUAUAUAUCGGCAAAUCCGACUCCAUCACAAUCAGCGUCUGGAACCAUAAAAAGAUUCAUAAGAAGCAAGGAGCUGGCUUCCUGGGCUGCGUUCGCCUUCUGUCCAACGCCAUCAACCGCCUUAAAGACACGGGCUACCAGAGACUAGACUUGAUCAAGCUUAGCCCCAAUGACAGCGACACGGUCAGAGGGCAGAUAGUGGUGAGUCUUCAGUCCAGGGACCGCAUAGGCACAGGAGGUCCCGUGGUGGACUGCAGCCGGCUGUUUGACAACGAUCUUCCAGAUGGCUGGGAGGAGAGGAGAACCGCGUCUGGACGGAUCCAGUACUUGAACCACAUCACACGCACCACACAGUGGGAGAGGCCGACCAGGCCUGCCUCAGAGUACUCUAGCCCUGGACGACCGCUCAGCUGCAUUGUGGAUGAGAACACACCCAUCAGCACUAACGGCGCCACGCCCACCACAGCGCUACCUCCCAGAGAUGGCGACCAGCGGGCCCAGGAGAGACGGGAGCGAUCGCAGAGGCACCGCAACUACAUGAGCAGAACCCACCUGCACAUGCACCCAGACCUUCCUGAGGGAUAUGAGCAAAGGACGACGCAGCAAGGCCAGGUGUACUUUCUGCACACUCAGACAGGCGUCAGCACGUGGCACGACCCCAGGGUUCCCAGAGAUCUAAGUAAUGUGAACUGUGAGGAGCUCGGCCCGCUACCACCGGGAUGGGAGAUCCGAAACACGGCCACGGGGAGGGUGUACUUUGUGGACCACAACAACCGAACCACACAGUUCACCGACCCACGCCUCUCAGCCAACUUGCACCUAGUGUUGAAUCCGAGUCCCAAUGGCUGUCAAGGAGGCAGUGAAAGUCAGAACGUCAGUCGUCAGAACCAGACGAAAGAUCAGGCCCAGCAGGCUCUGGUGUCCCCUGGUCAGCUCCCAGAGGAAGCCGAGUGCCUCACGGUGCCCAAGUACAAGAGGGACCUGGUUCAGAAGCUGAAAAUCCUCCGACAGGAGCUGUCCCAGCAGCAGCCUCAGGCCGGCCACUGCCGGAUCGAGGUGUCCCGAGAGGAGAUCUUUGAGGAGUCUUAUCGACAGGUGAUGAAGAUGCGGCCCAAGGACCUGUGGAAGAGGCUCAUGGUGAAGUUUAGGGGGGAAGAAGGACUCGACUAUGGAGGGGUGGCCAGGGAGUGGCUCUACCUGCUGUCACAUGAGAUGCUGAAUCCUUAUUACGGGCUGUUCCAGUACUCCCGCGACGACAUCUACACCCUGCAGAUUAAUCCAGAUUCUGCCGUCAAUCCCGAGCACCUGUCCUAUUUCCACUUUGUAGGUCGCAUCAUGGGGAUGGCGGUGUUCCAUGGACACUACAUCGACGGCGGCUUCACGCUGCCCUUCUACAAACAGCUGCUGGGGAAACCCAUCACCCUGGACGACAUGGAGUCCGUUGACCCCGACCUGCACAACAGCCUCGUUUGGAUCCUGGACAAUGACAUCACAGGUGUGCUGGACCACACCUUCUGUGUCGAACACAAUGCUUACGGCGAGAUCAUCCAGCAUGAGCUCAAGCCCAACGGUAAAAGUGUCCCCGUCACCCAGGACAACAAGAAGGAGUACGUCCGCCUCUACGUCAACUGGCGUUUCCUGCGAGGCAUCGAGGCCCAGUUCUUGGCUCUGCAGAAGGGCUUCAAUGAGGUCAUCCCCCAACACCUGCUGAAGGCCUUUGACGAGAAGGAGCUGGAGCUGAUCGUGUGCGGUCUGGGUAAAAUCGACAUCAACGACUGGAAGUCCAACACGCGGCUGAAGCACUGCACUCCAGACAGCAACAUCGUCAAGUGGUUCUGGAAAGCCGUGGAGUCCUUCGACGAGGAGCGCAGAGCCCGGCUGCUGCAGUUUGUCACCGGUUCUUCUCGGGUUCCUCUGCAAGGCUUCAAGGCCCUGCAAGGUGCGGCAGGACCACGGCUCUUUACCAUCCAUCAGAUCGACGCCAGCACCAACAACCUGCCCAAAGCCCACACCUGCUUUAACCGGAUCGACAUUCCUCCCUACGAGAGCUACGACAAACUCUACGACAAGCUGCUCACUGCCAUCGAGGAGACGUGCGGCUUCGCUGUGGAGUGAAAACUCCACGGCUUCUGAACGUUUGACCAUCACAAGUCACCGUCCACAAAUCACUUCACCGGGGUGGGAGGGAGUCGUGGCCGGUUACCCAUAAUGCUCCGGCUCCGACGGGACGAGCUGAGAGACGGAGGACACGAAACGACUGUGGGCUGUUUCUAAACUCUCCAGUCUUUCUUAACCUGUUUUUAUCGUCAAAAGGAUUUCUUCAGCUGCUAAUAACUCAGACUAUUUACUCACUUGUGGAACCUGCAACGUCUCGUUUUUAUAAAUUCAUUUUAGCGUUUAAAGGUCGACCUUAUUCCACGUAGCAUCGCGCCACCUUAUGCUCCACUUUGAGACAGCAGCCACAUUUACUUUUAAAGAUUAGUUUGCUGCAGGACAGAAUUAUUAUUAUUAUUAUUAUUAUUAUUAUUAUUAUUGUUGUUAUUAUUGGUCACCACUUGAAUAAAGAGAACACUAAACGUGGAAGCAGAGUGUGCGAGCCUGGAGCUGAUUGGUGCCCUGAAGCAGUCCCACCAGGGCGACGGCGAGGACGGACCAAGAAGACAGAAGAGUCGAGUCACGCCCGACUGGUUCCCUUCUCCAAAGACACGAGCAGACGCGUCUGCUGUGAAGGUCGCUGCCCAACGAGAAACCCCGCUCCACGCGUCGGCUGCGUUUGAAGAGGAGGAAACGAACGUGUGAUAUUUCAUAUAACAGGAAAAAUGAGAAACAAUCAAAUUCUAUAUAAUAUAUAUAAUUUAUUGCUGUUGCAUUUCAGAAACCCCUUUUCUGUUUCCAAAUGAUUAAAUUUGAAUGUAAAGUUUUAGUUUUAAAUUAUGGAAGGUGAUUUUGUGGAAAGCUGGACUGAAUGCUGUGGUUGAGCUCCUCAGAGAGGGUUCUGUCAACCCUUCAGAGUGCCGUCAUCACUUUGAAUCUACAAAUCUGAGAAAACUGCUUUAAAUUCUGCUGAUUUUCAUCCAGGAGCUGCAUAUUGUGCGACUUACCGUUGGCGCCUGACAUAUCCACUCCACCGAAUACGAGCUUCACCGUUAAAGAGACCUUUUUGCCUUUUGAAACUCAGUUUCUGUGUAAAAGUUUCACACACCGGUAAUUCCAAAGCUUCCUGAACAGCCUCUGUUUGGAGAAAUAGCAUUAUCAUCCUUUGGGACUGGUGAGCUAGGAGCUAGUCAGAGCAGAAUAAAUACACCCACAAUUACAGGCCAGAACAUAACGGCUGAACAGCAGUAAUCCAUAAAAAGGGAUCAAACGGUAAAAACCACUAAACUGUAGAAUCAAAACUGCAGAAAACAGUUGUUAUAAAAUCAAAUGUCAGAUAGUAUUAAUAAAUGAAAUCUAAAGGCAAAUUUUUAACAUAAAUAUAAUAAAUCACCACAGAACUAAUAUUUUUUAUGUUGAAUAUUCAAGUAAUUGUUAAAGUAACAGAGCAGUUUCCUGCGCCUCUGCCCUACUGGUUGAAAGUGGAAUUACAACAGUUUUGGAUAAUCCUGCUUUGGCUAGUGCUAACAAUGAGCUAACACUAACAUGAGCCUACCGAUGAUAAAAUCAACCACGAAGGUAAAAGACUCACACUGUUGGACCAAAAAAUAUUACUUAAAGUCUAGUAGCAACAAAGCCAGGUCACUAUCAGUCUGGGAUUUUGUAGCCUCCUUUAGCUCCUUCCACCUAGCGUAGGCCGCGCCGGUGUUCCCUCUGGUUUUAGCUCUUUGUUUCAUUACUCUCUUACUUUUACUUCCAGGCUCUACCAUGAUGCCAACAGAAAAGCAAACUUCUUUUGCUUCUUGUGCUUUUUAUUGACAAUCGGCAAACUGAAAAAGCUAACUGCUAGCAUAACAGUUUGUGAAGCGCCUUCUGAUUUUUAUCCUGAGUGACGCGAUAUAAAAAUUUGUUUCUUCUUCUCGAACAGCUGUAAAGCAAUUAAAGAGUGCCCCCUAUAGAGCACAUAUGAACUCUUCAAAAGUGUAAAGUUUCUGAUCAGCAGAGGGCAGCAGAGUGGAGUCAGAUAUGAAACGGGUCACGUUUCUAACUCGACAAUCACUGAGAUCGAUGUUAAAGCUCUAGCUUAAAGUUUAAAUCAUUAUCUAGUGUUACAGAAUGCUAGGUAACCAAAUAAUGGAUGUUAACUCAUUCGCUGCCAGCGUUUCUCACCGUUUUUACUGUUUUUUUAAGAGUGACAGAACGUUGUGCGCUAGGAUGAUGUCGACGCCAAAACAAAGUGGAGACUCACCUCUUACAUCAGGAAGAAUCUGCCCGUUUCGAGCGUUAUCCAUUCUUUCAUAAUCCGUUGUUGAAUUGUGAUCGGCAGAAGCUUUUCCGGUUCGCGCCUCGCUUUUUUUUUUACAGCAGCGGCUCAAAACGAUCUCCUAACACAUGGAUGUUCUGCUUCCUGAUCACAUGACGUGUGACGUACGCACAUGAAGAUCGGCUUUAGAGCUGAGAUGUUUGUUCUCACGGUGCGGGGGCUCGUCCGACGCCCACACAGUGGCAGUGAAUGAGUUACUAAAACGUUAAUUUUUAUUUAAAAAAAUCAAGAUUUGUUUUUUACAAACGAGUCAUUUCUACUAAGAGCCAAACUGAACAGGUUAGUCUUCAGUUUAGCAUUGCACUAUAAUUCAAAUGGUAUUCUGUGCAAUGACUAAAUGCAGCACCUCUGGUUCAUCCAGGGGUCUAGUCUGUGAUAUGAAAACAGCGUUCAUAGGAAGGUUUAGAGACAACAACAUUAGCUCACCAGUCCUGUAGGAGGAGAAGCCCCUUCUCUGAACAUGGGCUGUCCAGAAAGCAGCUGCAAUAGAGAUGAUUAUAAUAUUUGUAACUUUUAUACUGAAACGCACUUCAGACUGACUGAAAUAGAGCCACCGGUGAACAAUAAUCUCCCAGAAGAGCCUCAGUGUGGACAUUUUCUGAAACCUCCAGUACCUUCCAGCCCUGUGGUGCUACACGUCAGUAACUUUUAUAUUGUAACUCCUGACAUAUUGCUACUCAUACCUGUCUGUGGCCAUGAGAGCAUCACCCAGCCACUCUCAGGAGAUGUCUGUAACAUCCGUUUGACUCGAAACUAAAACGGGGUGGAAAAGUCAUUUCCACGGAGAACCUGAACUCGCAGGACUUGUUGCGUGUCUCCAUGGACGUAAUUCACUUCAGAAGUGGGGGGGGGCACGGGGGGGGGGUAUCUAAUGGGAAACAGGCUUCAACACAAACGGUUGUUUCCCGCUUGGUCCUAGAGCUCAACCAGUGUCAAUUUAAUAUAGCGUAAUAUUGUUUUUGGAUGGUUAAAGGUGCUGGGGUCAAAACUUGACUUUGGAAAGAGUGGGGGGGACAUGUCUCCCCUGUGUCUACCCCCCCAAAUUACGUCCAUACAUGCCUCCGUUUGACUGAGAUGAACUCGAGAAUAAAACCUGCUGUUGGUUUUCCUUACGUGAUGUUUGAGAAAGGUGAGGCUGUUUUCUACCACGAUGAAACUGUUGAAUGUUUUUGUUUGUGUUUAAAGACGCUGCCCGUCUCCGAGACCGUGAACUGUUGUUAACAUUUGCAUCCUCUAAAAAACAGAAGUUUCUGUCACAAGCGUAUGCAAAGGGAAAAGUGUCCUCAGAUGGUGCUUUGUACAGUAACAAGAGAUCGUUCGCAUACGUGGAUCGACAAAAAAGGAAAAAAAUAAUUUAUCUUUAACUUAAGCAGGAAAAAAAGAUUUUCUUGAACUGCAAAGAGGAAAUGCACACGAGCAGAAUGAGGCUUCUGUUCAUGUUCAUGGUUACUUCUGCACCACACGUCGGUUCCCCUUUAAGUCCUGUGCACAAGCUGAUCCUGGCUGAUCUACUGUCUGUUCCUACAACACGUCGCUCAGCAGCGCCCCCUGCAGCUGCCUCCCGUCACCUUUGACCUGAACAGGUCCAAGUUCAGGAGCACGGCGGUUUUGUUUUGUUUUCUACUAGCAUGAUCCACUAGCUGGACUUUAUCUCUCUCAAUGCUGACUGAUGCAAUCUUAUGUACGUUAACACUCAUUUUGUAAGAGUAUUUUAUUUUUGUGUGUAAUUAGUUCUAAUUAAACUUGCCUUUGUCUAACAGUGUAAGGCCUUGUA